AUGGAGAUAUCUAAGAAAGAAGAAACAGAGGAAAUCUCUCAGCUGUACUUCCAAGAUUCAGCAAAUCAGCCAGCUUGCCAGUAUGAAGUGGUUAAAGUUAAACACAUGGUGAGUAUGAUUAAAAAUGUUGACUUGACGGAGUUUAUGAAAUUGGGGAGGACUUGGAGUAAGAACUGUGACAUAAAGGGAAACCCGGAUCUCAGUCAUAUGAAGAGGCCCUCAACACUCGUGGAAGUGCUUCUGGUGCUUGCAUUGCUCAGUUGUAGCCCAUGGAUAGUGCGGAGCAACACGCUUUGCCAACAGACAAACGACGAAGUUCGACCUCACAGCGUCAGCAUCACUGAAUUUGGAGCAGUUGGCGAUGGGAUCACUCUCAACACAAAAGCAUUUCAAAAUGCUAUCUUCUACCUGAAUUCCUUUGCGGACAAAGGUGGAGCUAAGCUUUUUGUCCCGGCUGGUCGGUGGUUAACGGGUAGUUUUGAUCUCAUCAGUCAUCUCACUUUGUGGUUGGACAAGGAUGCAGUAAUUCUUGGAUCAAUUAACCCUGAAGAUUGGCCAGUUGUUGAUCCUCUACCGUCGUAUGGGAGAGGAAGAGAGUUGCCGGGUGGAAGGCAUAAAAGCCUCAUUUUUGGGCGCAAUUUGACUGAUGUGAUCAUAACAGGUAAUAAUGGAACUAUCGAUGGUCAAGGGAGUAUAUGGUGGAGCAGGUUUAGGAAAAAAACUCUGGACUAUACGCGUCCCCAUUUGAUAGAAUUGAUGAACUCAACCGGGGUUCUCAUUUCAAAUUUAACCUUCUUGAAUUCUCCAUUUUGGACAAUCCAUCCUGUAUAUUGCAGCCAAGUUACAGUUCAGAAAGUGGCGAUCCUUGCUCCUCUUGAUUCUCCAAACACUGAUGGGAUUGAUCCAGACUCUUCUGACAAUGUAUGCAUUGAAGACUGUUACAUAAGCACUGGUGAUGAUCUGAUUGCCAUCAAGAGCGGUUGGGAUGAGUAUGGCAUUGCAUAUGGUCGCCCCUGCACAAACAUUAUCAUCCACAGGAUUGUUGGCAAAACUCAAACGAGUGCAGGGAUUGCAAUAGGAAGUGAGAUGUCUGGUGGUGUAUCUGAAGUUCAUGUAGAAGAUAUUCAAUUCUACGAUUCAUAUACAGCAAUCAGAGUAAAGACUUCUCCUGGAAGGGGUGGUUAUGUUAGAAACAUCUAUGUCUCAAACGUGACCUUGGCUAAUGUAGAUAUUGCUAUUAGGUUCACUGGUUUGUAUGGGGAGCAUCCAGAUGAUGCUUAUGAUCCAGAUGCUCUACCUGUAAUAGAAAAGAUUACAAUCAAAGAUGUGGUGGGAGAGAAUAUCAAAACGGCAGGUCUUAUAGAGGGUAUAGAAGGUGACAAUUUUGUCAAUGUUUGCCUAUCAAACAUUGUUCUUAAUGUGACCUCAAACUAUCCAUGGAACUGCUCCUAUGUUAAAGGAUAUUCUGACUUGGUUCUUCCAGAAGCUUGUGAGCCUCUCAAGGAAAGAAUAUUCCCUGAGCAUUGUUCAGAUUGUUACUAUUUGGCAAAUCAAAUUCAGAGUUCCAAAAGCCAACAUAGAGGUGCUUGGUUUAUGUCUUGGUAA